GUUUGUAUCUGCAUUCAUAAAGAUGUUUGCAUGGGUUAACAUUGAAGGCGUGAUUAAAGUUUUAAUCAGCAGGGGUCCUGGACACAAAGACUAUCCUUAGCUUUAUGCUUUCAUUAUCAAUGGUUCUCGAGUAAUUAUUGUGUGAGACAAGUAUAUGGUAAUACAAGAUUGAAUGUUGCAAAUAUUUUAAAGGUGACCUUUAUGAUUAACAACCUAUAAAGGCUAUAAUCACAUAGUGACUUUAUUGAGAGACAGAUAAUAUAUUCCUUCUCAUAUUAGAAAUCACCUUAUUCGUAGAAAACCUUGUAGUAAUUGACUAUGUGGGUUGGUGACUUAACAAAUUAACACACUUAAAAUUCCUGCAAGAAGCUACCUUGCUAUAUAUCUGUAUAUAUGCGUCAUUGCGUCGACGUAUUCGCCUUUCACCAUUGAUAAUGUACACAUAUUAGAGAAAACGACAGAAUAAAUACUACACAACUAACAUAAAAUGCAAACAUAUGUAUUGGAUAUUUGUAGGAAAAACCUUUCACAAACGUAAUGUAGCACCAGUAGUUGAACCAACAAAGUAGGUGCAAUUUUGUUGGCCUUUAUUUUCUUUUAUUUCUCUCUAAACUCCUUCAAACGUAACAUCCUCUCCUUUUUCCCUCCCUUUUCACAUACACCUCUAUUUCUCUAACUAUUUUUUUUCAUAUAUCUGGCCAACGUUCUUACCUUCCAUCCAUCUCAUCAUAUAUACACAUACAUACACGUUUUUAUAUUCGCCUCGAGCCUCUUCAUCUAUACUCGAUCUCAUUACGGAUGGAAGUCCAGCAAAAGGUCCCACGCGUUGAGGUUCAACAGAAGGAAUUUUCACCGCCAUUAUUGUUUUCAACACAGUAUGAUCUUCAGCAGUGUAACCAAGCAAAUGAUUUUGAGGCUGCGACUGUCUCAGACAACGUUGAUUGGUCUAGCUUUUUGAUCGAUUCACCAACUGUUAAGGCUGAUAGUAAUAAUGAAUAUAGUCAUAAUGAUAAACGACUUGAUUGCCUUGAGUAUGAUAAUGAUCGUCAGAGCAAUGGUUCAGACUUUUUAAGUGGUGGAAACAAUAGUACUAGAAUCAAUAAUGAGGAAGAAAAUAGAGGAAGUAUUGAUCAUAGGUUGGAAAGCAGCAAAAGAAUAAGUAGCUGUAGUAUUAGUAGUAGUGGCAGUACAAGAUCGAGGAAGGCGAAGGUGGUUCCUCGAUUUGCAUUCCAAACGAAGAGCUCUGAGGACAUUCUUGAUGAUGGAUAUCGUUGGAGAAAAUAUGGGCAGAAAUCCGUCAAGAAUAACAUCUAUCCAAGAAGCUAUUAUCGGUGCACACAUUUGACAUGUAAUGUGAAGAAACAAGUGCAAAGGCUAUCCAAGGACUCUAGCAUUGUCGUUACAACAUAUGAAGGAGUUCACAAUCAUCCUUGCGAGAAGUUGAUGGAAGCCCUUUCUCCUCUCCUUAACCAAAUGCAAUUUCUUUCUAGUUUAACCUAAAUAACCCUCAUCAUGAAUUAUUUAACCACAUAUUAUGCUAAGCUUUCUCAAAGAAAAUCUAAUUAUAAAAUGUAAAUGCACAUAUACAUGUAUCA